CUUGUCUCACUCACCAUGAGGGCAUCUUACCAUCUCAUAUCGUCUGAGGAGGUUAUUGUUGUUCAUCUUCACUGUGCCUACUUUACAUCAUGGCAUGGACCUAGAGGAAGAAACAUGAGCAUGUGGAGUGCCGUCUGCUGUUUCAGGCCUCCAACGGGGGUCUUGGAACAUAUCCUUCACACGAUGGCAGAGGCGGAGUUGCACAAGGAAAGGCUGCAAGCCAUAGCAGAAAAAAGAAAGACGCAGACUGAAAUAGAAGGCAAGCGCCAGCAGCUUGACGAACAGAUACUUCUGCUGCAGCAUUCCAAGUCCAAAGUGCUUCGGGAAAAAUGGCUGCUGCAGGGUAUCCCCGCGGGAACUGCCGAAGAGGAGGAAGCCAGGAGGCGGCAGUCUGAGGAGGAUGAGUUCCGAGUCAAACAGCUGGAAGAUAACAUCCAGAGGCUGGAGCAGGAAAUACAAGCGCUAGAAAGUGAAGAGUCCCAGAUAUCUGCCAAAGAGCAAAUCAUCCUAGAGAAACUAAAGGAGACAGAAAAAUCCUUUAAGGACUUUCAGAAGAGCUUCUCCAAUGCGGAUGGAGAUGCAGUAAAUUACAUUUCCUCCCAGCUCCCCGACCUGCCAAUGCUCUGUUCACGAACAGCAAAACCAUCACCUGGGCAGGACGGGACUAGCAGAGGAGCUGCUGUAUACGCCAUGGAAAUUAAUAUGGAGAAAGACAAACAAACAGGAGAGACCAAGAUUCUCUCUGCAUCCACCAUUGGCCCAGAGGGGGUCCAUCAGAGAGGAGUCAAAGUCUAUGAUGAUGUUACCAAAGUAGUGUAUGAGGUGCACUCGGGAGGCACUGUGGUAGAAAAUGGAGUGCACACGUUAAGCUCAAAGGAUGUAGAAGCACUUAUUCAGAAGGCGGGACAAUCAAGCUUCAGAGGAGGGCAUGUGUCAGAAAGAACUGUGAUCGCAGACGGGAGCCUCGGCCACCCGAAGGAACCCAUGCUCUGCAAGGAAGCCAAGUUAGAAAUGGUACAUAAGUCUAGGAAGGAUCAUUCUUCCGGGACCCCAGGGCAGCAGCCCCCAGCCCCCAGCACAGAAGGGCCCGAGGCCAACUUGGAUCAGCCAGUCACCAUGAUUUUCAUGGGCUACCAGAAUAUUGAAGACGAAGAGGAGACGAAGAAGGUGCUAGGCUAUGACGAAACCAUCAAGGCGGAGUUGGUCCUCAUUGACGAAGACGAUGAGAAGUCAUUGAGGGAGAAGACCGUGACGGACGUGUCCACCAUCGAUGGGAAUGCAGCCGAGCUUGUGUCCGGGAGGCCGAUCUCAGACACCACAGAGCCCUCAUCCCCAGAAGGGAAAGAAGAGAGCCUGGCCACAGAGCCAGCCCCAGGGGUCGGGUGGGAGAGUAUACUGCUAAAGGGAGACGAGGCAGCCUCAGACGCCACAGAAACAUCCAGCGCAGACAUGACUGUCAAGAAGCCUCCCCAGCUCUCUGAGGAUGAUAUCCGGCUAAAAAACCAGAGAGACAACUGCAGCAGGGCCAACCCCUUGGAGCCUGCAACCAGCUCCCUUCCCCCAGAUCACAAAAACAUGGAAAUUGAGGUCUCCGUCGCAGAAUGUAAAAGUGUUCCCGGGACCGCGUCUACCCCACAUUCCAUGGACCACGCCUCUCCUUUCUACUCACCCCCCCACAACGGCCUCCUCAGUGAUCACCAUGAAGCUCUGGAUAAUGAUGUGGCCAGAGAGAUCCGCUAUCUAGACGAGGUGCUGGAAGCCAGCUGCUGUGACUCUGCUGUGGACGGAACUUACAACGGUAUCUCGUCCCCGGAGCCCGGAGCAGCCAUCGUGGUGGGCGGCACAAGCCCACCUGCCCACGCAGCCAUCCAGCCGGAGCCCACCGAGAGGGCAGCUGGCAGACAGGCCCCUCCCCACACUGAGCUCAGCACCAGCUACUCUGACGCCAUGGCAGAGGGUGGAAAAGCCAACGGCCACUCCCCUGCCCAGCCCCGAGACCUGCAGGGGGACAGCCCCCAGGCCCCCGCGAGCCCCGGCUCCUCCAGCAGCUCGCGGUGCUCGGGCCGUGAUGGGGAGCUCACGCUCACCACGCUGAAGAAGGAGGCCAAGUUUGAGCUGCGCGCCUUCCACGAGGACAAGAAGCCCUCCAGGCUCUUUGAGGACGAUGAGAAUGAAAAGGAGCAGUACUGUGUCAGGAAAGUGAGACCUUCGGAAGAGAUGCUGGAGCUGGAAAAGGAAAGGAGAGAGCUCAUCCGGAGCCAGGCGGUGAAGAAGAAUCCCGGCAUCGCGGCCAAAUGGUGGAAUCCUCCCCAGGAGAAGACCAUCGAGGAGCAGCUGGAUGAGGAGCAUCUGGAGUCGCACAAGAAGUACAAAGAACGCAAGGAGAGAAGGGCUCAGCAGGAGCUGCUGCUCACGCAGCAGCAGCUCCCCCCACCGCAGCCCUGCGUGGCCCCCGCCCCCUCCCGCGAGCACGCCAGCGCCCCCGACCAUGCCAAGGAGGACAUCGUCACCGAGCAGAUAGACUUCUCUGCUGCUCGCAAGCAGUUCCAGCUCAUGGAGAGCUCCAGGCAAACGGUGGCCAAGGGCCAGAGUACCCCCAGGCUCUUCUCUAUCAAGCCCUUUUACAGGCCUUUGGGGUCAGUCAACUCAGACAAGCCCCUGACCAUCUCGAGACCAGCUUCCAUCGGGGAACCGCUGGAAGAUGGAGGUGCACCAGCAGCCAAGGGGCAGAAAGCCAGCUGUGCCCUGGACAGCCAGUCUUUGGGGGGAAGCCAGGGCAGCACAGCUCCUCAGGGGAAAGAAGGGCCCUACAGUGAGCCUUCCAAACGCGGGCCCUUAUCCAAACUGUGGGCAGAGGAUGGGGAGUUUACCAGUGCCCGGGCUGUCCUCACUGUGGUCAAGGAUGAGGACCCCGGGAUCUUGGAUCAGUUUUCCAAGUCAGUCAAUGUUUCUCUCACCCAAGAGGAGCUUGACUCUGGUUUGGAUGAAUUGUCGGUGAGGUCCCAGGAUACCACUGUCCUGGAGACCCUGUCCAAUGAUUUUAGCAUGGACAACAUCAGUGACAGCGGGGCGUCCAAUGAGACCACCAACGCCCUCCAGGAGAACUCACUGGCCGAUUUUUCUCUGCCCCAGACUCCACAAACUGACAACCCUUCAGAGGGCCGGGGAGAAGGCGUCUCCAAGUCGUUUAGUGAUCACGGUUUCUAUUCCCCUUCGUCUACACUGGGAGACUCGCCAUCAGUGGAUGAUCCCUUGGAAUAUCAGGCUGGUCUCCUGGUGCAGAAUGCCAUUCAACAAGCCAUAGCUGAGCAAGUGGAUAGAGCUGUGUCCGAAACCAGCAAGGGUGGGACAGAGCAGCAGGGACCUGGGGCAACUCUAGAAGAAGCCGGAACUGGGGCUCCCGGCUCAGAGAAGUCUCAGAGCAUGUUUGAGCCACCCCAGGUGUCCUCUCCCGUUCAAGAGAAAAGGGAGGUGUUACCAAAGAUUCUGCCUGCCGAAGACCGGGCGCUCAGGGAAAGGGGGCCUUCCCAGUCGCCGCCGGCAGUGCAGCCCAGUGGCCCGGUGAACAUGGAGGAGACCAGACCGGAGGGGAGCUACUUCAGCAAGUACUCGGAGGCAGCUGAGCUGAGAAGCACAGCCUCGCUCCUGGCCACUCAGGAGUCCGAUGUGAUGGUUGGGCCCUUCAAGCUGAGGUCCAGGAAGCAGCGGACUUUGUCCAUGAUCGAGGAAGAGAUCAGAGCAGCCCAGGAGAGGGAAGAGGAGCUGAAGAGGCAGAGGCAAGUCUUGCAGAACACCCAGAGCCCCCGGGCAAAGAACGCCCCGUCGCUGCCCGCCCGGACAUCGUGCUACAAAACCGCGCCAGGGAAAAUAGAGAAAGUCAAACCUCUUCCAUCCCCCUCACCUGAAGGCCCCAGCGCGCAGCCUGACUUAGCUCCUGAAGAGGCUGCCGGAUCCCAGCGGCCCAAGAAUCUGAUGCAGACCCUCAUGGAAGACUAUGAGACACACAAAUCUAAAAGGCGUGAGAGAAUGGAUGAUAGUAGUUACACCUCUAAGUUACUGUCUUGCAAGGUGACUUCCGAGGUCCUUGAGGCCACACGGGUUAAUCGAAGAAAGAGCGCCCUGGCCUUGCGCUGGGAGGCAGGGAUUUAUGCCAACCAGGAGGAAGAGGACAAUGAAUAACAAAUUCUUUCACCCAGGAAGCUUCUUUGGUGCUUGGGUUCCCAAGAAACCAAGAAAUCCACACAUCAAAGCAUUUUAAUGGAAUAUUUAUUAAAGUGCGAACAAACUCCACAAUCCUUAUGUAGACCAGAAGCUGCAAUGACCAAUGAUGAAAAAUCAAGUGAAAAGAAGCCCACCCAUCAAACCCUAGAAACACCCAGGAGUCAAAAGAGAAAGGAUUUUUGAUUUUUUUUUUUUUUGAGACUCAAUCACCUGGGUUUGGACCAGUCCUUCGACUCAAAAGGACAAAGCAGUAACGAGUCAACGUGGCUGCCACAGGCAGAACUAAGACCAGCCUCUCUGGGUGAUGAGGACAAACAUUGGUAACAGGGCCACAUAGAGCAGUAGAGCCCACGCUGGUGCAAGCCACGGGGCCUGGGGUACUUCCUACACCGGCUUCCCACCUUCACUCAUGGCAUCCCAGGUGUUGGGAUAACUCCGUUUACUCCAGCAGCCAUAAAACGAAAUGCAAUUUUCUCUCUAUCUGCCCGGAAGAGACAAUUAUGAUUCCAUGUCUCUUCCAUUUAGUUGUUUUUAAUUGGGAGCAAUCAAUGAUGGCAAUACCUAAAAUCCACCUUUUGGAGACCGUGUUUCUUCAUGUUGCAAACACAAUCUAUUCUACAUGAAGGGGUCAAGAAGGAAGGAGAAAGCCAAACCAAAUGGAUUGUUUUAGCUUUAGGAUCUCGUCUGGUUUGAGUAUUGACUAAUUUGCAGUUCAUGAGAACACAUUUUCACAAUUAUGUUUCUCUUCACACGAAAGCUCUAUUUAGUGGGCAACAACUAUUUUUAUGAUGGGAUGGGGGGAGUGUAUCCAUGUAUGAAACCUGUACACAUUCAACAGGUUGGCUCAAGACAGUAGGGAUAUUUUUGGAGUGGCAAUAAUUGAAAAAGGGCAAACUCUGCCUGAAGCAGAGGACAGGAAAUAAAAAGGUGUUUAUAGCUAUAUUUUAUAUUAUAAACUGGACCUUGGGAGGAAGAAUGAUAGAUUAUUUUGGAUCAGUCAGAAAGGAAACAUUAAAGAAAAGGUCAUGAAGGUAGACAGAAAAACAGGGAGGGAGGAAGUGGGAAAAUACGGAAGUAAGAGAUACUAUUUUUGCUGAGCAACCAGCGUUUUUCAGGACGAUAAAGAGAAAAAUAUAGAAUAGAAAUUUAAGUUCAGGCUUGGAAUCAGCUACAAUUCCUAAAGAUGGUUGUGUGUGUACAUGUAUGUGUAUGUGUGUGUGUGAGUGUGUGUGUGCCUUUGUGUGUUUGGGUAAAGUGUGUGUACAAGGAUGAAAAUUCCAGAAUGAUCAUGGGACAAGGGUGUACAGUUAUUUCCUCCAAAGCUGUUUGCCAGUGUCGGGAGUGAGUGAGAAUUUCUUUUUUAUGAAAAGGGAUAUAGAGGCACCGACCUGAUACAGUAUUUGUAAUAUUAAAUUGACCUAACUUGGUAUUUGCAUGAGUCGCAAUUGAAAAGUUUGGAGCGGUUUUGUAAUUUGACAUUGAGAAAAGUACCGUAUUUAUUCUCAUGCUUUGUAUUCAUAGCUUAGUACACUGUGGAGGACGCCAGCUUUGCUCUCUGUCAUUUAAAGCAAUAUGAAAAGGGUAUUCCAUAAUUGGGUGCCCUGAAUUUCUGGAUGAGAAACAUUUUUAAUUCUGGCCAUGAGAAAAAAAAAAAACGGACCAGCCUUUUUUUUUUUUUUUUUUUUCUCUUCCUAUUUCUUUCAAAACUGUGGUUUUUUAAAAAGCAAUAAUUAAGCCAGACCUCACUAAAAUUCUUUUUUGUUUUUAUAUUGUUAUGUCAUAAACUCUGCUAUGUUACUCUGAUAGGUAGCGAUGCCACAACAGUGUGUAUGUAGAUGUUAGGCACGUUAUCUUUGCUUCUCUUAAUAGACUAGUGUUGACUUUAGGGGGGAAGGUUUAUUCGCAGACCAGCAGUGGGCAUUAAGUAAAAAUGCACCUGUCUGAUACCUCACAAGGAUCCUUUCAAACUGCCAAGGGAACCUGCCAUUUGAAGCCGAACUCUAGAGAUGGGUGGUGGGCACCAUCUUUAUAUGGUUUAUUGUCCUGAAUAUUCUGAAGGUAUACUCAGCCAAACGUGCUAGCCGCCGGGAACACAGCAAAGAUCCCUACGGCAAGGAAUUCUUUUUCAAGUUGGGGAGCCUGGCAUGGAGACAGACGGGCCCAGGAAAAUGAGGUCUGUGUUAGGUGGGGAGUCCUGACGGGUGAAAUGGGGAGAACCCAGGAAGGCUGCUUUGCCUGAGGAUUUCCAGCCUUCCCACAGUAGGCACAGGACUGAAAACAGCUGGGACAAGACCUUCUUGGGGCCCCGGGGGCACAGUGGUAGCUAGGACUGCUGGUGAGUGAAGUGGUUCUAGGCGGGGCACCAAAAACGGAACAUGCUUCAUGUUUUCUGGACUGCCUCUGCCUCUGGUAGUGAUACAGACCUGAUAGAGGACAAACACCGUCUUUCACAAGAUGAAACAGCCCUCAGGACCGACCUGCAGGUUUUUGUUCGGUUUUGAUGGAAGCCGUGUACCCACCCACUUUAAAACCUACAUGUGAAAAAGAGAAUUUGCUUCGGAUUGAAAGCUUAGGAGGUCACACAAUUAAUGGAAUUGCUCUAGAGGCAGGCCAGUCGGCCGCUGACUCCAGCUGAUUGAACCAGAAGCAUGAAUCACGUUGUGCAGAGUUCUAAGAGCCGAGUCCCUUGAUGCGUGCUCCGUGCGUCGAUAAGGCAACAAAUGCAGAGUUUCCGUGACCCUCCUGUAGUCACAAAGCUGCUUACCUAUGGCCCCUACAUCUCCAGCCUUCGCUUGUUCCCUCUGCUGCCUUCUGAUGACAGAUGGCCAUUUCCUUGCUCCACUCACUCCCGAUCCUAUGAAAAUGUAAAUUACAGUUCCCUUGGAAGAGCCAGAUUUUCUCUGAGCUCUUGAGUUUUUUACUCCUUCAGAAAAUACGGGGCUUUGUACAUCGCACCAUGCUAGGCUCUGGGAUCCCUAAUGAACCCCUUUAACCUUCUGAAGAUGCAGCAGACCCCUGGAGGAGAGUCAUUCCUGCGUAAUCCAUCAAGAAGAAGAGGCUUGUCCCGAAAAUCAGCCUCUGAUGCUCGUCCCUGCCCCCAAAUAGCACGCAAGCUUGUUAAUCUCAACUAUAACAAAUGUUUAGAUUCUGUAGAUGUUAAAAGCUUUCCUGAAAGUGUUCCUUUCCACAGUGUUUAUAGAUGUUCACUUUCCUCGGGGGCUGAUUAACUACUGACACGCCUUGGCUUUCUCAUCCAGAAAUUAUGGAAACAGGGUCUGUCAGUGGUAGGAGGCGGGGCUGUGUUCCACUUGGUUGACACAAUGCAGUUUCCUUGCCUCUUCACACCUCUGCAUGCUGCCUCCUCUCGACGAUGACAUAUAAGCAGUAUAUAGAUCAGUGUCCACAUAUACACACAAUACACACACACGCACACAUAAAGCGUAACAAGAAACACUAAAACAGUGUCGACUCUUGUCUCUGAAGACAAUUAAACAUUUUUCCAACUAAAGAAUGGAUGUAAUUAAACUAUGUAUUGAAAAAAAAAAUAGCCUAAGUGUUUAGAGAUGGUGACUAUAUCCAGUUUAAGUGACAGAACCAAUUUCCUGAAUUUUAAGCAUUCAGUGAGUGAGCUGCCAAUAUUCAUUUUGUGUUGCCCUGGACCCAAAUGACUUUUUUUUUUUUUUUUGGAGGAGGAGAGUGGGGAAAGCAGCAAUACUGUGUUUGAAAAUUAUACUCUGUAUCUGGCUCUCCUGUGUAUGUUAACCACUUAAAUGUUAUUAUCCUGCUUCGGUUUUAUAGUGAUUGUGAGGCAUUCAAUGCAAGUAUACAAUUAUUUUCUCAUUAAAA